UUGCACUGUAAAUUGACACGUUACAUGUGCAAUAAUAGCAUUUCAUGUCUUGAUGUGCAUAUCGUGGAGUGGUGAAGUACAGAUCCCGCCAUUGGUAUUCAACAAGUGUAAUGUACCAAUUGCAGAGCUUAAACUCUUACAGCUACAACCAAAUUUUGGCUUCUUACAAUUAUACAAUAUUGUACCCAGGUCAUUACUAUUGGUCCAAAUCGAUUCGAUGAUUAAAACUCCCCCCAUCUUGCUUCCAUGGUCCUGAACUCUCCGCCGCUGCUGUUACCCGCCUUGCUGCUGACGUGCUUAAUUAACUACAUUCUAGCUGAGACUAAUCUUUCCACAGUUGUGCGUCUAAUUACAAUCCACCCGCACAACGUAAGUGCCUUCACGGAAGGUCUAGCAAUCGACGACGGCGCGCUUAUUGAGUCCACGGGGCUCGACGGCAAGUCCUUCAUUCGCAAAUACAGGUUUUUAGACCCUGAUACUGAUAAUUUUAAAACGGGAUCCAUACAGUAUGUGCCUGUUGAACAAGAAUUUCGCUUUGAU